AUGGAGCUGCAGGCGGAGGGCGUCCGGCUGGGGUACUCGCGCGCCUCACUCACAGACGGCAAGGCGCCUAAGAGCCCCCACUUUGACGCAUCGGCGCGCAACAUCAGCAGGCUGGGAAGGAUGCUGUGCUCAUGUUCACCCAGCCGCAGACCGGGAGAUCCUAUUUGGGGAAAAGCCUCCGGCGCCAACCCCUCGACGGAGCCUGAGCGGGAACUACUUUGCAAUGACGACAUCGGGGUGAUACGAGCGAUUGCUGCUGGAGAGUGGGGCCGAGUGCCGGAGGUUUGUGUUGUUUUUGCACAGGUUCUCCGCCCCUGCUAACCGCGAGGAGAUCAAGUUUGUCCUCAAUGGCCUAGGCGAAACAGCGGCGGCCAAAUCAUCAUCCCCCGGGACCGGCCGCAAUCAACGCCGUCGCUUACGAGCAGUACGCCGAGAUCAACGACCCGUGGGUGCAGAGCUUGUUGAGGAGAAAGUGAAUCUGUUAUAGCCGCUGUUAAGCACCAGUAAGUACGAUUCUGUGGUCCAUUUGAUAAUGGAGUAUAUAGUGAAGAGAAUAGAGGUUAUCAUGACGCAGAAGCGCUAUAACUAGUAGGGCGGGUUGCAAUUAGAUCGGGACGCUCAGAUACUUCUCGGGGACAAUGCAGCAGGCGGUCCGAAAUCAAAUCUGCACGUCUGACACCCAUGGCCACGUUUCUGAACCUCGAGAAUGUUGUGUUCCCUUGUCCUCGUGCGUUAGCUACAGAGGUUUCCCAC